UGUGGCGCAGGAUUCAAAUCUGUGAAAGUCUACCGCGCUCUUUUUUGAAAAUUUCAUUUGCUGGAUGAAAACCGGAUGAAUGCAUUUUUUGUUACACACUGUAAUUAACUUAUUUUGUCAUUAAUUUAAGCCAUAUGCCGACGCCGUUAAGAUGGACCCAGAGGUGUUGGCACAGUACAAGAAGAAUGCAGACACUUUCAGACAAAGAAUAGACGAUAUUUGUGAGAAGUAUGCCACUGUUGAAGAUCCUGGGUUUGACCUAUGCUUGGAAACCAUGACCUUUAAAACACGAAAAGGCACAAUGCCAGCAGAAAGUCUGGAAGCAAAUACAAGACUAGACUCCUUACAGGAUUUUGCAGAAAAAAAUGUGAAGACACUGAAAGAUCUGAACAACACUGAGGACAAACUGGUCUUUGAUGAUGAUGAUGAUGAUGAAGAUGAAGAAGUACAGGAUAAUGAUUAUGCACUGGAGAGGGGUAUGGAGAGCAAUCCAGGGCAAUCUCUUUUCGAAGCAUCCCAUGUCUCGGGCAGCCUGCUGUCUCUUCCUGAAGAGCAGGACCCAGAGCUGGAGCGCACCUUCAGCAGCCAGAGCGAAGGGCCCUCGCUGCAGGACCUGUAUCCCAGCAUGCUCAGCCAGAUCCGCGGCGCCUGCCAGCGCCAGCAGGUGUCUGAGGUGGCCAACUCCCUGCGGCGCAAGUACCAUCGGCAGCGCUGGAAGGCCAAGCGACUUAAUCCGGGACAGAGCUUUAUUAACAGCUCUGGUGUCAGUGGCUCCAUGACCUCCUUUGCUCACAGACCCCUAAAUAGAAAGACCCCCAAGGCCAGCACUGAGGCCCCCACUCACUCCCACCAGCCCCAGGCCAGAGAAGCAGGCAGUGGUCAGAGAUCCUCCCCGUGGAAGAGUGUCACCUCACAGAGUGCGGCAGAACAGAGACCUGUGCUGGUGAUGGACUUCUCCACACCACCGUCCUCUGGCCCAUCAAGCCCCAGCGAUACCUGCCCAGAGCUGGACACAACAUACACGGUGAGAACUUCACCCUCAUUUCCUCACGCCAGUCAUCAUUCAGAGCAACAAGUCAGGAAACAAGAGCCCAAAGUCGGGUCGUUCCAUCCCAAUGUUGCUGGCACCCAUGCUUCUCAACCCUUCACUGUCCUGUAUGAUGCUCGCAACCAAACACAAGUGUGUCCCUCACCAAAGCGCAGGAACUAUGAGGCUUCUCUGAGUUCCCCUUCCAAAGUGAACUCUGUUCUGAACUCACCUUCCUAUCGUCACCACAACAGGCCUUUGCUCAUAGAGGAUUCCCCUCCACGCCAGCAGAGGGUGCACUCAUCUCCUCGGCACUUUCCCUAUGCUCAGCAUGGCCUUCAGGAGACACACGACUCCUCGCCUCACAGACGUGAGGCUCUGUGGACCUCCCCAAUGAGGGGUCACCCCAAGACACACUGUCCCACCAGCCCCCAGCAACCGUCUCCCAAGCCAGAGGUGCCGUCCUCACUGAGCGGCCUUGCUGAAGCCAUGCCAAGUCCUCGCUCACGUGUGGGUGGCGCCGACCACAACCCCGGUUGUAGUGUUUCAAUGGGAAGCUACAGUCCCCACAAGCGAAUGUUUCUGAGCAGGGAGGCUCCUCGUUGUUCUCCUUCGAAGUCCAGUCCUGGGAAACAGUCGACCAUCCGUACUCCUUACUCCACCUCUGCCCCAAAGCCUUCCUCCCUCCCCCGCCACCCAGAGAUCUUCACGUCGCCUAGCCACCGCCAUCACCAAAACCGAGACCUUCAGGAGAACUUCAAGCCUUCCCCGAGCCACUCUCCAGCUCUCCAGACACGUCCACGGGAUGCCGAGCAUGGUCCAGCUGGGCGACUCUCCUCCUCCUCCUCCUCCAUCCCGCACGUCAACCAGCAGUUCCGGCAGCUGUACCACCAGCACGUCUGCCAGGGGAGUUCGAGGUCGCUGUCUCACCAUGGCCCCUUGUGCUGCCUGUGUGAACAAAGCGCCGAAGGCCGCAGCCCAAGCUCCAGAGCCAGCCCCGCCACCACCCCUGCCAGUACCACCCACUCCUGGCUGGCCGCCCUCUCCCUCACCCCAGUUCGGAGACGCCGCUUAAAGUCAGAUCGUAACCCCCUCUUGAAGCACCUUCUGAAAGGCCAGCAGGUGUACAAUCCGCUGGUGGAACGUCAGCAUUGGCAGGAGCAGCAGGAGAGGCGGUACGCAGCAGAUGAUUGUUACGACGCGGCCUCAGUACUUAGUGAGAUGUCUGACGAGAGCCAGUCACCAGUUCUGGACCAGGGUGCCCAGACCAGCAGCGGUGGCAGCCGCCGCCACCACGCCGCUGGCUCCUCCUCUUCUUCGUACUCUUUAGCCACACUGGCCGGCCUGGCGCCAUCCCACCCCCGCCUGAGUAAACGCCGCAGCCAGUCUGAGCCCAACGAGUCGCCCAGCCUCAAGCGCUUCCGGGAAAGCGCCCAGGCGCUCAGUCCCUCAAAGCCUUGCUGUUACCCUCAGCAUCAUCAAAGCGCCCAGGUGUACAGUCCAUCCAAGCGUCAUGGUUACCCUCAGCAUCAUCAAAGCGCCCAGGUGUACAGUCCAUCCAAGCGUCAUGGUUACCCUCAGCAUCAUCAAAGCGCCCAGGUGUACAGUCCAUCCAAGCGUCAUGGUUACCGUCAGCAGCACCACCACCACCAGCAGCAGCAGCAGCAGCAGUGGGGAGGAGGUAAUGGUGACGGUGAUGAGAUGAUUGUCUCAACAGAGCGCGGACUCUCAGAGGAGCAGCGCACCCGCAGCAGGGCCCUAUUGCUCCAGUGCCCCAGUCCCAGGUUCCUCAGGGCAGCCAUGAGACUCGUGAAAUCAGGCAGGUCCAGGGCUAGGCCCAGCCUGGGGACUCGCCCACAUGCUUCAUCCUGGAGAAGACAGCAGGACCAGAUGAUGCACGACACUGAAGCAGGAAUGUCAGAAGAGGCCUGGAAUGAAAGUGGGCUGUCACACAGCGUGUCACGAAGAAGACUCCUCUACGGCAUACCCCGUUGCUGAGGGUGACUGGCUUAACACAUGGGUUUUCGACAGGACUACCUCUGUAUAUAAUCUGUCUAAGCCAUACAAGCUGAUGGCUCUGACUCCUAAAUUGUAAAUAGUUAUAAAGUCAUAAAAAGACUGAUUAUACUGUAUAACUAGUUUGUUGUCUGUUAGGUAAUCUUAGUCUGUUUGUCUAAAUGAUCUAACAUUUUAACAUGUAUUUACAAUAAAAACACCUUGAUAUACCUUUUAGGAUAAAUAAAAAUG